UAGGUGUUACCACCUAUUUUUUCCCCCGUAGUAUUGACCGUGAUUCAUAACGCUUGAUUUGUUUAUACUAGCAGGUCAACAUGACUUGCAAGUUUAGGUAUACGUGACACGGUGUGGAAGAAAAGAAGCAGGACUGUAGUUCCUCUUCAUGGUGAAAGGAAUCCAUGCACGUAACAUCUGUGCACUAGCGGCAGGCUCACUGCUUUUGUAUUUCCCAGGACAGAUACUUAUCCAGGACACCCUAUUGAAGCAAGCUGUACAACCAGAGAUGGCUGAAGGAGGUGACACAGUGCAGUCAUGGUGCCAGCCCUCAGUGAAAAGACAUGGAAGGUUUGUCAACCCUUGGGCUACCUGGACUGCCCCCGGACUGGGGGGCCUGAUGAAAAUGGUCUUCAAAGAGAAGAAACCUUCUUUACCAACCACAGAGGAAAUUGAGGCCCGUCUGCCAGUAAUAAAGCCAGACUUUGAGUGUUUGUCCAAAGGUCCAUCUCCUACCACUCUCAGCACUGUAUGGAUAGGUCAUGCCACUGUCCUUGUCCAGAUGGACGGACUGACCAUUCUUACCGACCCCAUCUUCUCUGACCGAUGUUCACCAGUACAAUUCAUAGGACCAAGGCGCUACAGACCUCCACCAUGUUCCAUCGAGGAACUGCCAAAGAUUGACGCUGUGGUGAUAAGUCAUACCCAUUAUGACCACUUAGAUUUGACUUCUGUUAAGAAGUUAAACGAGAGGUUUGGGCCGUCUCUGAAGUGGUUUGUGCCUCUGGGAUUGAAGAGCUGGAUGACAGAUGUUGGGUGUGCAGAAGUAAUUGAGAUGGACUGGUGGCAAGAGGAGCCAUACAGUGAGGAGAGCAAUGUGAAGUUUGUUUUUACGCCUGCACAACACUGGUGUAAGCGCACAGCAUUUGACACUGAUAAGGUGCUCUGGGGCAGCUGGUGUGUUCUUGGAUCAACAAACAGAUUCUUCUUUGCUGGAGACACAGGAUACUGUGAAGCAUUCAAACAGAUAGGGAGGAAGCAUGGACCCUUUGACUUGGCUGCCAUUCCUAUAGGGGCGUACUGUCCUAGGUGGUUCAUGGCGCCCCAACACGUGGACCCGGUGCAAGCUGUGGACAUCCACUGUGAUGUGAAGGCCAGAUAUACCCUGGGGAUCCACUGGGGAACAUACAACAUGGGAUCCACUGAGCCUAUAUUUGAACCACCAGAAAAAUUUGCUGAGUCAGCAAAACAGAAAGGACUCGAGGAGGGAGAAGUCUUUGUUUUGAAGCAUGGAGAAAUAAAACUGAUAGAAAAGGACUAAAGUUGAUAAAAAUGGAAUAGAAAAGAAAGAAAAUGUGAUAUUGUGCAGUAAAUACCAGUUUAGACUUUACCAAGUAUUAUGUUGAUGACGGGUUUGUAUACGCUAAUUUAAAACAAAAUCAGUGCCAUUGGUAAGUUGCCAGGAAGAGAGAAUUUAGAUUUUUAAAACUUUAUUGAGUGCAAAUUUUUAAGGAUGCCUAUAAAGUGUUUGUUACAAAAUGACAAUAACCCAGCAUUGUUACUUAUCGUGUAUCACAUAUUUAUUGACAGUAGCAUUUUAUUGCUGCAUUGUCAGGGUUUUUCAUCAAUUUACCAUUCAUUAUCUUAGGAGCAUGGAGCUUUUUCUGGGAUAUGCUCCAGAAAAGAAAUACUCAUAAGCAUAAAAUUAUUAUUCUUGAAUCUUCUGUUUAUUCAAACCACUGUUGCAAAUAAAAGCAUGUUGUGAAGGCAGUGGUGGUGGAAAUUUGUAAAAUAUUUAAAAAAUAUUUUUAAAAAUAUAUAAUUUUUAAAGUAAAAUAUCACUUCAAAGGCCUGGAAUGGUACAAAGUUAUAUUAAUCUCAUUUUGCUGUUUGGCUUAUGAGCCAACGACUGUUGUCUAGAUUUGAAAAUUAAUUUAUCAAUUUUAAGUAAAAUGAAUGUGUUCUAUUAAUGGUAAAAAUACGUAGCACAAUACAGGUACGCACAUUAACAGAUAGCAUGAAAAUUAGUUUAAUGACAUAGUUUAUUUAUCUGCAAGGAACUAGACUCUGUUAUGAUUGAUAACCAAAGGAAGUGAUCUGUUGUCACAUGACUUGAUACGUGUAUGUACUUUACCAACUCUUGUCUCUAUAGUUAUUUCCACAGGACUUACAUGUAACUAUAUUCAAAGAGACCAUAAAUAUAGAAAAGGGUCUUAACUGUCUUAGUAUUAUUUGCGAAACUUAACUUAUUCAA